AUGAACAGCAAUCUAGCUCAAAAAGCAUCAAAGCUGAUAGAUAUCGGCUAUUUCCUUCCAGAGGAUGACGUUAAAGAGAUUAAUGAGAGAAGUAAAAAUAAGAGUCUAGAAGAGAAAGAAGCCACCAUAAAAGAUAGAUACUUGACCAAGAAAGAAAAGUGCAAGGAACUCCGGAAAGAAAGAUGUGAAAAGAAAGGAGAGAUGAAAGGAAAUCAGAGCAGCGUGGGUGAAAUCAAACUUUUUGGAAAACAUCUAACGAUCAAUACGGCAAUGACAGGACUAUUAAAUUGGAGUCAGCGAAUAUCUUCUAGUAUACAGAUUGCAAAGCGACGAGAUGUUGUCGACGGACUUUGGAGGGCUUCAGUUUUGAAGAGUGGAGAGAGUUUGGAGGCAGAUGUAAGCAAAAUUUUUGUAACGCCCAACAAUGUAAACUUGCCUUAA